UCGUUGUCUCACAUCUCUCCGCGGAGGCGUGCCCACGCCGCUCAAAUACAGCGCUACAGACGCGCGCCUUACUCAUUCGGUUUGUCAGAGCGUACAUUGAGGCAAGCAGAUCCGCGCUUCCCACGCCCAGGAGAACAUGCGUUUGUCUCGAACCAUAUCCACUCCCGACAUUGUGAAACAGCGCGUUCGUCUUAGUAUAUCGUGAAGCGCCACGACCGCUACAAUUUCGAUUUUGGUGAAAAAAGUUUUACGACGGCUUGGACGUCUACUUUCCAUUUAGCUGUUUGUGGAGGACGCAUGAUUGACCUGUGCCGGACCAAAAGCGAAGAUUGCAUGAAAGAUCUCAAGGCUAUACUCAGCUGCGCCACACUGGGAGGCUUACUGGAUAAGCAGAAGCAUCCCUGUGACUCCAAAAAAGUGCCUCCGCUUCUGUCUUCUCCCAUGAUGGCCCUGGCCUCCUUCCAUCUGAUGCAAACUCUAAAAAACUCUCCAGCGGCUCUGCGUCGGCGAUUCUGUCGCGACCGCACAGAGAGCCUGUCUCACGGCGAUCCCCUCUUCAAAGUGCACUACCUUGGCACCAAGAAGAUCUUCUCCCUGGACUUAGAGCAGGCGGAGGAUGCCAUCGAUCAACUCCUGGAUGGGGCGCCUGGGAAGCUUUCUAAAGAUCAUGCCAUGGUAGUGCGACCGCGAUACGUAGAAGUUAAAGAACUAAGCACUGGAAGACAGCUCACCAAGACCUACUUGCAGGAUAUCGCAUACUGUGCUUCGCACACGGCCAGACCCAAUGUGUUUCUGUAUAUCUGCAGGCAGCCCGGUCAGCAGCUACAAUGCAGAGUGUUCUGGUGCAGUCGGGCAGAAAGGGCAAAGGACAUGACUGCCUGCCUAGCAAUGUCGUUUCAGCAAGCGCUCAACGACUGGCAGGGUGGAUGUGCCAAGUUGCCGCAAGGGGAAGGAAUCACUAAAGAGCCAGAGAUUCCUGGAACGCCCACUGCACCCAAAGGGUCAACAUUGCCAGCUAGUUUGGGAAAAGUCCGUUGGAAAAAGAGGGGGUCGGUGUCCCGCAGUCCUCUCCGUGCCAUUUCCAGAAGAGGUUCUGACAGCGACAACUGGCACUGAUGUUUCCCAUCCCACCCUGAUUAUCGACAACAUUCAUUUUGGGAUGCUUGUGAAUUUCCAGCGUUGAAUGUGAGGGAAAAAAACAACCACACCUACAGCUGAUGGAAUUUUUGAGCUUUGAUAAGAGUUUGCAACUCAAGUGCAGAGUCUGUUUCUGAACAGCCACCGCAUUUGACUUUACCAAAGUGAUAAAAAAUAGAUUUCUAGAGAUCAUUGUUUGGUUUAGGAAAUUGAUAGGUUCAGUCACGCUGGUUUAAAUUUCAUCUCAGUUUGCUUAAGGACUAUGAGACAGUACCAAAGCUGCUCAUCUGAGCUGAACUGGUGUCUAGUUUUAAAGCCAUGUAUGUAUCACAGAGUUGAGUUUUUCAAGUCAGUGUACAGUACAUGUCUGGGUAGUUUGCUGAUGUGACUGAUGAGCAGUGAGACAGUUUUUGUUUGUAUUAGAGGUGUCAGAUGAGGAUCUGUGUGGAAAGUGGGUGGAUGCAUGAUGGUAAACAGUAGCAGGACCAGGACAUCAAAGUAAUUGCUUUGGAAAACUGUUUCAUAUGGCCAAAACCUCCACAUAUUGUUACUGAUGAUUGAAUUAAUAUUACACCCUCAAUGUGACCAUGUUGUAUUAUUUACUGCAUAUUUGUAUACCAACUUGACAAUCAGCACUGGUUGUAAUUUAGCAUUGGAAAGACAGAGGUACUGAUUCUUGUUUCUGGUUGGUCUAUUAUAGCCAUAUCCUGCUUUGCCUGGUUUUACCUCAGUUUCCCAUUUUUUAAAAGGUUUUUAAUUCAUAAUUUGAGUUGUUCAAGCUUUGAACUUGAAGCAUAGGUUCCAAACAGAUAAAGAGGAACAGAGUUAAUGCUGUUAAUUGCUGUUUUCUCUUAAAAUGAGAAUAUUUUCUCCAACCACCUGCAUUCCAGCAAUUAUUUGAGGCGGUUUUUUUCUGUAACUGCAAGUUGUUUCACUACAUCAGCCCAUUUUUGUCUAAAAAGAAAAAAGCCAAGUAAGUAACGGUCUCCUGGCAACAGCUUAAGACAUCAGAAUGCUGACUGAUUUAAAGGUAUGCUUGCGUUAACGUCAUGUCCUUGAAAAAACAGCAUCUUUGCACUGCAGUUACGUGUAGUUAUAAAUCACAUUUUUAAGUGGCCUAGUUGCAUAAACCAAGUAUCUGAAACAAGGACACCCUGCUUCGCAUGACUGGAACAAUCAAGAUUUCCUAGUAGAAAAGAUUGUCCAGCACCAUAAGUGGCUAUUUUCUUCACACUGUUACAUACACACACUAAGAAUUGCAUCAUAUAUAACAGUAGUAUACAGUCAGUGCCUCAUGGUAUAAGAAAUUCUGCCUGAUGUUACGCCAAUUACAUCAAAAGAUUUUUUUCCCAUUUUAUCCUUAUGGAUUUUAUUUAAAGCCAUAUUAAACCGUAUCUCGUACUACAAUGACCUCAGAUCUGUUGUUGGAUCUGUUCUGUCUGCUUUAUGAGGUGUUUAAUGUUAUAUGAAUGUUCUUGUACUAUUUUCAUGUACGUAUUUAAAUAUUAAAUGUAUUUUAUGGAAUAUUAAACUUUUUAUACAUGAAA